AUGCAAGACUCGAGGGAAAAGAAGAAAGACAUGAGCAAGCUCUAUGGGAACAACAAAGGCUGGCUGUUCACCCUGGGCAAGCAAGGAUCUGCUCAGCGCCUUUGUCUCCUGCUUUUUACCUGCCUGCUGACCCUGGCAGCAUCUUUUCCUGACAUUUACAUUACAAACUUGCACCUCCUUAAUGGCACAACGGAUGAAAUCAUGAAUGCUCCCCCAGAGACCACUCAGCCUGAUGAUGGUGAUGAACACGUUCGACGGGCCAGAGAUGUUGCCCCACGCCACCCAGCAGCCCAUGCCCCAGGUUGGCCCAAGGACUGCAGCGAGAUGCCUGCUGGCAGCCGCAGCGGUGUCUACAUCAUCCAGCCAAAAGGGCUCCACCACCUCGUGGUGUACUGUGAAAUGAAUGUGACCAGUGGGGGCUGGACAGUCAUCCAGAGGAACCAGAAGGACUCACCACUCACCUGGGCUGAGUCCUGGAGCACCUACAAAUUCGGCUUUGGGAGCGUGCGCAGCGAGUACUGGCUGGGCACUGAGUACAUCCAUCAGAUUGCCAAGCAGAAGGUCUACCAGGUCAGGUUUGUCCUCCAGGACUCCACAGACAACAUCAAUUUCGCAGACUACAACCUCUUCAGCGUGGAGGAUGAGAACCAUGGCUACCGGCUGAGGCUGGGCUCCUACUCAGGGACAGCAGGGGAUGCCAUGACCUCAGACAAUCCCAACACUAUGCAUGACAACAUGAAGUUCUCCACAAAGGAUCGGGAUCAGGACAAUUACAGUAAGAACUGUGCCUACAGCUACGAGGGUGGGUGGUGGUACUCCUCAUGUUACGCUGUAAGGCUGAAUUUUAAGGGUGGCAUGACAUGGGGCAACCUGUGCAAAGGGAACUGCAAAUCCUCCCUUAUCCUCAUCAAACCAGCUUCUUAUUGUUAG